AUGUCUGACGACGAAUCGAUAGACCGCCACGUCCUCCGCAAAUAUGAGAUAAUCCACCGCGUCGGGAAGGGGGCCUAUGGGGUUGUCUGGAAGGCGGUGAACAGGAAAACUAACGAGACCGUAGCCCUAAAGAAGAUAUUUCAAGCCUUCCAAAACGACACCGAUGCCCAGCGCACCUUCCGUGAGAUAAUGUUCCUCCAGGAGCUAGAUCACGAUAACAUAAUUCGUCUCUUCAACGUGCUGAAGGCCGAGAACGACAAAGACAUCUACCUGGUAUUUGAGUUUCUGGACAGUGAUCUGCACCAGGUGAUCAAGUCCAAUAUCCUCGAGGACAUUCACAAGCGCUACAUAAUCUAUCAGUGUGUUAAGGCGCUCAAGUACCUUCACUCUGCCGAGAUACUCCAUCGUGAUCUUAAGCCUUCUAACCUCCUACUCAACUCUGAGUGCCACAUGAAGAUGGCGGAUUUCGGCUUAGCAAGGUCGAUUGCUGCGCUUUCUGAGCCAAGCUCUGCGACCAACCCAAUUCUUACUGACUAUGUUGCAACGCGCUGGUACAGGUCCCCCGAGAUUCUUCUGGGUUGUACAAGGUAUACGAAGGGCGUCGACAUGUGGGCUAUCGGCUGCAUCCUUGGGGAGAUGCUUGGAGGGUCUCCCAUGUUUCCAGGAUCGUCUACCAUGAACCAGCUUGACAAGAUAAUGGAGGUCACUGGAAGGCCGACACCGGAAGACAUUGAGGCGACCGAGUCUCCGUUUGCGUCCAUGAUGCUGGACAGCCUUCAACCAAAGACUGGAAAGGCUCUCUCGGAGAUCUACCCCAAUGCCCCUGCUGAUGCUUUGGACCUUCUCAAGAAGCUACUCCAGUUCAAUCCCAACAAGCGACUGACCGCAGAGCAAGCCCUGGAGCACCCUUACCUGUCAAAGUUCCAUGAUCCUGCUACGGAGCCCAGUGCCCCUGGCCCUAUUAAGAUAAGUAUAGACGACGAUGAUAAGAGGAGCGUUAGCGAGUAUCGUGAUUUACUUUACUCUGAGAUUCUCAGGAAAAAGAAGGAGAUCCGCUCCAAGAGUCUAAAGGAAGACGAGUGA